GGAGUCGAUGCGCUGCUAUUUUAUAGCUUGUUAGCUACAGUAAUCAACAUAUGGCAAAUUAUAUCAAUGAGGUUUAACGUUCAGAAGUUGAGGACUUACUUUGUAUUUGUUUCUCUUCGAGCGGCAUGUGAUUUGUAUUUAGUUAUUUGAUGAAGAUAAGUUAUUUGCUAGAAAUCUGUUAAUCUGUCAGCUAGCUAGCAAUCAGUCACGUGGUUGGAAUGUUCAUUAACGUUCUAUUAAUUUGGAGAUCGAUAUGGCGCAGAGAGAGUUAAAAAUAUGCCUUCUUGGGGACACUGGGGUUGGAAAGUCAAGCAUUGUUUGGAGGUUUGUGGAGGACAGCUUUGACCCCAACAUUAAUCCAACUAUUGGGGCAUCCUUCAUGACAAAGACAGUGCAGUAUCAAAAUGAGCUGCACAAAUUCCUCAUCUGGGACAUGGCAGGGCAAGAGAGGUUGGAACUGUAUCGAUCGGACAUCCCUCCUGGCAUCACCGGUUGACAGUGGGGAGAGGGGAUCAAAACGGGGCAAAGUGGCUGGAGCUUUAGCCUCGCCCUCAGACACCGACGGGCAUACCGGAGCCACAACAUCCCUUACAGGGGUAGUAGGCUCAGGCAGCGGUAACACAAGCACCUGCUCUUCUAACAAAAUAUAUAACACUGGUUUCUUAACCUCCGCCUUAACUAAACUGUGCGAAAUAGAUAAUGAAUAAUGGUCUGCCAAGGUCAUUAAAUCAAUUUUACGACACUUGUCAAACACCUCCCACGAAAAAAGGAUUUCACAUCAAAAGUAGCCAUUUUGAACUACUACGCCAAAACACAAGAGCCAACCAAUAGCAAACACUAAUGCUAUGACGCUCAACACUGAACUAACCACUAUAACAAUCUGCAUGAGCGGCAUGGGUGUCAGUAAUGACAGAUCCCGGACGAGCCCCCACUUAUGAAAUAACACAUAUGGAAUCAUGUAGUAACCAAGUAAAUCAAAAUAUAUUUUAGAUUUUAGAUUCUUUAAAGUAGCCACCCUUUGCGUUGAUGACAGCUUUACACACUCUUGGCAUUC